AUGCAUCCCCUAGAGCGCACCAUUAGCAUUAGCAAAGAGACUCGUUUUCCCGGCAAGCUUCACGCUAAAUUAACACCAAAUUCCGAGGUGUCUGACUCUAGCUACCAGAUUAUGAGUAGGAGUCUGAGCUGGUCCCAGCAAUUCGACGCCCUUCUGAGUGCUACUGACGGGAAUGUGGCCCGGAUUAAGCAGCGACUGUAUCCCCUUGGAGUUGCCACCACAGGAAAUCAGACUAGGACCUGCGUUUCCCCUUAUUACUUGUCUCACCUGGAGUCAGGAGACCAAGCUCCACAGUCUUGGGCUCUGGAGACUCCACUUCUUUCAGAAAAGCAGAGCUGGGCUAACAUCCCUAAUGCCUCUUCUCUUUGGGAUGAAGUUACUGUUCUCAAAUCCCAGCUUCAAUCCCAGGCCCAGGCAGCUGAGACUCUGAGGUUAACUGUGCAGGACCUGUUAGAAGAGCGAGAGCAUCAGAGGUCCCAGAUUUGUUUCCUGGAAGCUUCACUAAAGUUAUUGCAGGAGGCCUCUGCUGGGAGUGCCCUUCUGGAACAGCAACUGGAGGAGCUGAGGAGGGAACUGAAGGGCCUUCGAAAUCAGGUGCAAGAACAGGUGCAAACUCAAAUAUACACAGGAGGUGGAAAGUAUACUGCUAUCAGUGGCCUUCACCAAGAGGUGAAGAAUGAGCGACAGCUGCUGUGGGAGGAGUCAGAGGCCAUGAAGGUGGAACUGAAGUUGCUUCGAGACCAGCUAAGCCAGCACCAGGGGAUACUAAUGAAACAGAUGAUUGAGGAGCAGCCAACUCAGACCCCCAGCUGGAAGCAGAUAUUGGAGCAGUUUCGAAGUGGCCAAGAAGGCAAUGGCCACACACUGGAAGACACCAGGACAGGGGCUCCAGAUGUCUGGCAGGAUGAAUUCCUCAGGAACUCACUUCAUGACCUCCAGUCUAAGCUGUCCCUGGAUACUAUGUCUCCUCCAUCUAACUCUGAAGUCAGUCUUCCUGGCAGUAGCAGCAGCAGCUGGAAACUUUUAAGGAGGCUAGGUGGAGAUCUCCAGAGAAACACCCUUUCUAAUCUGAAGCUCAGCAGCUUACAGCUCCAGGUUCAGAGCCUUAAGCAGGAAGAUUUUUCAUUUAUUGGCUCUAAGAUGCUCCUGAGUGACCUGUAAGAAGAGGACUU